CGCUGCGUUGCUCCUCCCUCCGCAGCGCCUGGUCUCGGCGGAGCCAGCGAGCCGAGCCGGCGUUUUGGCCGGGUGAAGGCAACAGCAGCGCGCCACGGAGCCUGACCAGUGAUUCUGUCGCUGUCGCCGCUGCCCUGCGCGCCGUGAUUCGCGACCCCAGAGCCCGACUCCUUUUGGCCUGACCCGCGCGCCCCUCGCCCGGCCCGGGCGGCGCGACGGGAGGAUGAGCGGCGGGCGGCGAAAGGAGGAGCCGCCUCAGCCGCAGCUGGCCAACGGGGCCCUCAAAGUCUCUGUCUGGAGCAAGGUGCUGCGGAGCGACGCGGCCUGGGAGGACAAGGAUGAGUUUCUAGAUGUGAUCUACUGGUUCCGACAGAUCAUUGCUGUGGUCCUAGGUGUUAUUUGGGGAGUGUUACCGUUGCGAGGUUUCUUGGGAAUAGCUGGGUUAUUUGGAUCAUUUUUUACACUGCCAUCCACUAUGACUGAUGGUGUACAGACCCCGCCUGCUCUCUGUCCGGUCGAAAGGACCAUCAUAGUUACAGCACAGAAACAUGGUUGUAGGGACACCCCAGCCACGUGGAACCUGGAAGACCCGUGUUUCCUGGACCGAGAAUCAGUGUGUUGGGCAUCAGUGUUUUCUGCAAGGGUUGUGAUCUGAAACUUUUUAAAGAACCAACCGCCUUUUGGAGAAGCAUUUCUGAAUUGUCCAUCACCAACCAUUUCUUCUUGGAUAUCAUCAUGAAACACCUGUUUGCUGAUGGGAGCUGUCGUUUAAUUUGAUGCACCUCUGGAUCCGGAUGAAACAUUAAAUUGUCUUCCUCACUUCUCCAUCAGGUGUACAGUUUUUAAACUAUCAGUGGCAUUUCAAGUUUUCUGAAAACAGUGUGGCAGUAUGUGCGUGGUCAUUAGCACAGUAUAAGCAUCAUCUAAUAACAGUUUCCAUUGUAGAAUGUUUUCGGGUACUUGAAUAAAUCAAAUCUUUAAUUGAAAA